AUGGCUCUUGUGUUUUUGGGAGGUGACGGCAACAGAAGACGUCGCAAUAUUCCCCGGAUAUUUAGAGAUCGCAUGAAUCCCCUCGACGUGAUGACCGAUCAUGAGCUUUUAAAGAAAUAUCGGUUGGACAGAAUUACCAUUCUUGAAAUAUGUGCACAAACCCAGCAACAACUUCUUAGACUAACAAGACGAAGUCAGUCUCUUCCGGUGUCGCUGCAGGUACUUGUCGCUCUGCGUUACUAUGCAACCGGUAGCUUUCAGUCAAUCCUCGCGGAUGGUCAUGGAGUGUCUAUUCACUCUGUUUCAAGAAGUAUUCACGCGGUUUCUGAAGCAAUUAUUAGACAAGUUCCCCAACAAAUUAAGUUUCCGACUUCACGUACUGAAAUAACAAAUACCAAGCAACGAUUCUAUGAAAUAGGCGGUUUUCCAAAUGUAAUUGGUGCCGUCGACGGUACGUACAUGUAUACCUAUAAAGUCACCAACUGA